ACCAUUCCACUCCACUGCAGUCCCACUUUGAAAAGUAAAAGAAGCAGAAGGAUCAUAGCAUCACAACAACAUACCCGCGAUCGAACGAACACAACACGUUGCAAUCAUGACGAGCUAUUUGGCCUCCUACAUCCCCGCCAUCAAGUCGAUUAUCCCGCAGUCUUCGCCGUCUGUCGCCGCGCUUCCGGAGGUUGGCGAGCAAGCUCCGGCGAAAGUGGGUUCGGUUGAUCUGAAGAGCGGUGGUGGACGACCUACCCUGGUGGCUUUCGUCAGACAUUGUGGAUGUCCUUUCGCCGAGAAAGAGGUGCAAUUGCUGGGCGCAGAGAGUCGCAAGAAUGAGAAGCUGCAUGUGGUGAUUGUACAGCACAGUGACGAAGCCACCACGCAGCAGUGGUUCGAGGACAUUGGCGGCAAGAAAGCAUUCCCCGAUUCGAAACGAUACACCCUCGUCGCGGACCCCGAGCGCAAAGCCUACGCAGCAUGGGGUGUUGGAUCCCUAGGCUGGGGCGGCAUGGUCAACGGAGGUGUCAUGGAAGCCCUGAAGUCGCUGAAAGAGUCUGAUGGCAUUGAUCUCAGACCCACAGGCGUAGGAUCAUACAGAUGGCAGAAUUCCGGCGGCUUCGCUGUCGACAGCGCGGGCACAAUCAGAUGGAGAAAGAUUGCAAACGACUCUUCGGAUAUGUGUGAUUAUUCAGAAGCGGCAAAGACGAUUACGGAAGGCAAGGCCUCGCAGAACCAGAGUCGUCUGUAGGACUGUGUCUCGGUUUGUCACAAGUCGCUUUGGUUGGUUUGUGGGUCAUGUGGUAUGCAAGCAACGAUUCUAACGUCCUUUCAUUCUUUCUUCCAUCAUUUUUGCUCCCGAGGCCAUCGCGAAAGCUGUCACCCCCACAUGACAUCCCUAGAUGCUCCACGACAUCCUC